GUCUAUGGGCUGGCGGCGCUCGCGAUUGGUGGCUUGUCGGCCAAUAAGAGGCGAGUUUGUGGAGAGGGUGAGGGCGGUUGCGGGGCAGAGUAGGGCGACUGUGGGGGCGGUCUGCUCGGUACCGGGUCGGUCCGGUCCGUACCGGGUCGGCUCCUCUGGGCGCGGGGGCUGCAGCUCGGGCCGCUCCAAGGCCUCGCCCAGCCGGUCCAGCGUCCCAGGCUGGGCCUCGGCCCGGCCGCGCGGAGGGCCUGGCGCGGCCGCCGCUCCCGCCGCGCUGAGGCCGCUGCCGUCGAUGCUGCCCGGGGCCGCGUCCGCCGCCGCCGCGUCCGGCUUCGCGCGGGCUGUGGCCGUGCUCUCCGUGGCCGCCGUGCUGUCCCCGCAGCCUGCCCGCUGCGUUCUGCAGCGCCGCCCGCUCCUCAGUCACUUGCCUGCAAACUGUUGGUCCUCCCUUCAUCCUGUUACCAUGUCUAAUGGUUACAAUGUGAAGUUCUGCCACAGGAAGGCUCUGACCUGCCCAUAUCCAGGAUCUCGUGUGGAGCGUAGCCCAGUUCCUGAAGACAAAGUAGGUUGGCUGGUGGAGUGGAAAGAUUAUCAUCCUGUGGAGUACACUGCAGUGUCUGUUUUGGCUGGACCCAGUUGGGCAGAUCCCCAAAUCAAUGAUCAAGGUUUUUCUCCCAAGUUCAAUGAGAGGGAUGGACAAGUGGAGAGGAAGAGUCUGAGUGGCUUGUAUGUGGUGGAAAAUGGGAGGCCCCGAAACCCGGUGGGCAGGACUGGCCUCACAGGCAGAGGAUUAUUAGGGCGCUGGGGACCAAACCAUGCUGCUGAUCCUGUUGUAACUAGGUGGAAGAGGGAUGGAAGUGGCAAGAAAGUUGCUCAUCCAGUUACUGGGAAGAACAUCUUGCAGUUUGUUGCUAUCAAGAGGAAAGACUGUGGAGAGUGGGCUAUUCCAGGGGGGAUGGUGGACCCAGGGGAGAAGAUUAGUGCUACCCUGAAGCGAGAAUUUGGGGAGGAAGCCUUGAACUCCUUGCAGAAAUCACCUGAGGAGAAAGCAGAAUUGGAGAAGCAACUCCACAAGCUGUUCAGCCAGGAACAUUUUGUGGUGUACAGAGGGUAUGUGGAUGACCCUCGUAACACUGAUAAUGCCUGGAUGGAGACAGAGGCUGUGAAUUAUCAUGACGAAACUGGUGAGACAAUGGAUAAUUUGCCUCUGGAAGCAGGUGAUGAUGCUGGAAAGGUGAAGUGGGUUGACAUCAGUGAGAAGCUCAAGCUGUAUGCAAGUCAUAGCUACUUCAUUAAGCUUGUGGCUGAGAAACGAGGAGCCCACUGGAGUGAGGAUCCUGGUCCUGAGUGCCAUGAGGGAUGUAAAUAAGGAAUCAACAGACACCAAGGAGAGACUGAAGUUUUCCAGCUUUGGAACAGAUAACCUUGUCCUUUUCAGUGGAAAUGGAGUGAAAUUCCUGUGAAAUUCAGGAGGCAAAACCACUUUGGCUUUUGCAGAGACUUCAAAUGGCUUCUUUUGAUUUCUUGUGUGAAAUGAGAUGCAUGUGGAGCUGUUACCUUAUUUUCCCUUUCUUGUCUUAAUUAUUUGCAGCCAUUUCAUAACAUCUGCAGAAUUGUGUGACCACACUGGGAUUCUGACUGAUUGCAGUUCAGUAUUUACUUCAGCUCUGACUUUUUGCUCUGAUUUCUUGCCAGGAGUGUGAAUCCUUAAGGGAUGUGAGACUUGUAGGAUGAUGACUUAAAUUAAGUGCUACAUAAUAAAGCAACUUUUCUUUUUGGAGUUGUUUCACUUAA